GGGGAGCUUUGGGAUGGCGCGGGGAGCGCCGAGGGGAAACGAGAGCCUGGGGGCCCCGGGCCCUCGACCCGGGAGGGGUGAUGGAAGGGCCGAGGCUCUGGGGAUGGGAACGCGGCGCGCGUGUGUGGAGUAUGAGACAGUGCAACUGAUGGUGUUGCUGAGGGUCUGAGCGGGUGAAUGAGAGUGUGGUAUGUGUGGCACGUCGUGUCCCCGAGUGUGCACUUGUAGGGGAGUGUGGUGUGCGUGAGAGCGGGCGUGCACGGGCGUUACUGACCUUGUGCGGGUUUGUGCGCGCGAUGGGCUCAUUUUCUCUGCUGCGCGCGCGAGUGUGCGUGACUCGGUGUGCGUGUGAUGGGUUCGCGUCGCGGGAGUGAGCGUCCAUCCGUGGACUCCCAUUUUGGCCGUUUCGGUGGUCGUGGGUGAGUCUUGGAGGGUCUGCGCCCACGACCCGUGAGUGCGCAGUCCGCCAUCCCCGCGCGCAGCCGGUGACCCACCCGUUGCAGUCUUCCCGGCUUUGCCAGAGCCCUGCCUUGGGAAUCCUCGUUGCCACACGCUCGCGGUGUCACUGGAUGACGCCCCACAGGCUCUCUCCCCUCUCCAGGCCUCAGUUUCCCCAUUCGUCCAAAGAGGGCUGGUCUCGGUGGAGGCGGAUUUGGGCGGGAGGGUGCAGGGGCUUCGCGGAAUGCGCUGCGGCGGGGGUGGCCGGGGCCCUCAACACGCCAGGGGAGGAAGUACGAGCCACUCGUGCGCCCAAGAAGGGACUUUUACACGGGAUCCGGCGGGUUUGUCGGGUUAGGGUAAGUGUGGUGGCGCUAACCCAUUUUAGAGAGGAGAAAUACACUGAGGGGCGGUGACCUGCCCAAACCUCGGCUCUGGGACCAGAAGGGGGCCGCUCCCCUCAUUCUAACGCGCCUGUGCUGUCUCCCCUCCCCAGGAGCCCGGCGCGACCCCAGCAGCGCGCCCCGCCCGGCGCCAUGCACUGCGAGGUGGCCGAGGCGCACUCGGACAAGAGGCCGAAGGAGGCCCCCGGCGCUCCGGGCCCCGGCCGCGGGCCCGCGGGCCUCGGCGCGCACAUGGCCUUCAGGGUCACCGUGAGCAGCGGCGGCUGCGGGGACGGGGGCCCGCGCGACCUGCUGCCCCGGCCGCCCGCGCCGCCGCCGCGCGCCCACGACCUUCUCCGGCCCCGGAGCCCGCGAGACUAUGGUCCGUCCAAGGCCGCCGCCGCCGGGAAGGUGAAUGGGAGCUACGGCCACUGCACCCCGGGCUCGGAGAAGAGCCUGCUGGACCUGGACCUUGCUGAGGGCCCCAUCCCCACCUGCCACCAGGGACUGUUUCUCCCUGCGGGAACCCCACCACCCCGGGGCCACCCCCCAGCCUGCGAGAGGCUGCUGCAUUUCCCCCACCCCAGCAGGUCGCCCAGACCCCAGGCCACGUAUGUGAAUGGGGGCCUCCCGGCCACACAGCACAUCAAGCAGGAGGCCCUGCCCGACUACCGGGCCAUGACGGAGGCCCGCGCACCCCUGUCUGCCCACUGCAGGGCGCCGCCCGCCGCUGGCCCGCACGCAGACCUGGACCUGCCCGGCCGAGGCCUCGCCAACCCCGCAUCGUCCUGCUACCUUCUGGGCAGUGAACCCAGCCCGGGCCUGGGCCCUCCGCCCGAGGCCCGCCUCCCUGAAGGCAGCCUGAAGCGCUGCUGCCUCUUGGGCCUGCCCCCCGCCUCCUCGGCCUCCUCCUCACCCUGCGCCUCCUCCGACAUCACCUCCAUCAUCCUGUCCUCCCAGACAGCUCUGGUCACCUGCGUAAAUGGACUCCGGAGCCCCCCUCUGCCAGGGGACCUUGGGGCCCCUCCCAAACGGUCCCGGCCCGGCCCUGCACCCAGUGAGAGCCUCGGGGGCAGUUUGCAGCUUGAAGCCUGCCGGAGGGCAGGCUUCCUGAAGCAGGAGCCUUCGGACGAGUUCUCAGAGCUCUUCGGGCCUCACCAGCAGGGCUUGCCGCCCCCCUACCCCCUGUCCCAGGUGCCGCCCGGCCCAGGCCUUGGAGGUCUGGGGCUGGGCCUGGCGGGCCGGGUGGUGGCUGGGAGGCAGGCGUGCCGCUGGGUGGACUGCUGUGCAGCCUACGAGCAGCAGGAGGAGCUGGUGCGGCACAUUGAGAAGAGCCACAUCGACCAGCGCAAGGGCGAGGACUUCACCUGCUUCUGGGCGGGCUGCGUGCGCCGCUACAAGCCCUUCAACGCCCGCUACAAGCUGCUCAUCCACAUGAGGGUGCACUCGGGCGAGAAGCCCAACAAGUGCAUGUUUGAAGGCUGCAGCAAGGCCUUCUCGCGGCUGGAGAACCUCAAGAUCCACCUGCGGAGCCACACGGGCGAGAAGCCGUACUUGUGCCAGCACCCUGGCUGUCAGAAGGCCUUCAGCAACUCCAGCGACCGCGCCAAACACCAGCGCACCCACCUCGACACGAAGCCGUAUGCCUGUCAGAUCCCUGGCUGCUCCAAGCGCUACACGGACCCCAGCUCCCUCCGCAAGCACGUGAAGGCGCAUUCGGCCAAAGAGCAGCAGGUGCGUAAGAAGCCGCACACGGUCCCUGACACUGAGACCGAUGUCCUGACCGAGUGUCUGGCCCUGCAGCAGCUCCCUGCGUCCACACAGCUGGCCGCCAGUGAUGGGAAGGGCAGCCGCAGCCUGGGCCAGGAGCUGCUCCCAGGUGUGUAUCCCGGCUCCGUCACCUCCCAUAACGGGCUCACCUCAGGCCUCCUGCCCCCGACGCAUGACGUCCCUGCCAGGCACCACCCACUGGACACCACCACCAGUUCGCACCACCAUCUGUCCCCGCUGCCCACGGCCGAGAGCACCAGGGAUGGGUUGGGACCCAGCCUCCUCUCGCCCAUGGUCAGCCCAGUGAAGGGGCUUGGGCCACCACCGCUGCCACCGUCCUCUCAGAGCCAUUCUCCAGGGGGCCAGCCCUUCCCCACACUCCCCAGCAAGCCGCCCUACCCGCCCUUCCAGAGCCCUCCGCCCCCGCCUCUGCCCAGCCCACAGGGGUACCAGGGCAGUUUCCACUCCAUCCAGAGUUGCUUCCCCUAUGGUGACUGCUACCGGACAGCGGAGCCCACAGCCACUGGGGACGGACUGACCGGGGAGGCCCACAGUUUCAACCCCCUGCGGCCCAAUGGCUACCACAGCCUCAGUGCGCCUUUACCUGCCACAGGCUAUGAGGCCCUGGCCGAGGCCCCAUGCCCCACACCACUGCCAGCCCAGCCACCUGAAGACGUGGUGUCCAGUGGUCCCGAGGACUGCAGCUUCUUCCCCAACGGGGCCUUUGACCACUGCCUGAGUCACAUCCCCUCCAUCUACACGGACACCUGAAGGAGGCCCUGCCCACCCUCCCCCGCAGACGCCACCUUGCCCCCCCACCGUGCGUGCCCACCCUCCGUGUACCCAACCUGGGCAGCCCGGCCGCAGGUCCUCGUGGACACAGGUAAGGGGCUGCAGGGCCGCCCAGUGCUGGCCGGGAGCCACCGUCCGAGCCCGAGCUGGUCGCUCAGCAGUGCCAUCAGGAUCCAUGCCCGUGGCCUGCCCAUGACUGUGUCUUCCUUUUCUCUCCCCAGUGGUUGUGAAUCACAGACCUCGUGUAUAUAAAGUGUACAGAACUUGUUUUCCUUUCCCCUGCCAGUUUUAUAUUUUUGGUUUUACAAGAAAAACAUUAAAAACUGGAAAUGAGA